AUUUGAUAUCUGAGUGUGUAUAAAUAUCUGACUGUCAGUGUUGCAAAUAUAUUCUAAAUUUAUCAUUUUACCACAUCGAACAACUUUAACUCAAACAAUGAAACGGUUUAGAUUUUCUGCCAAUAUCACAACAUUAUUCAACGAUAUUUCGGAUCACAUUGAGAGUUAUAAAGAAAUUCUCAACAGAAAAGAUUACCGAUUUCAAGCGGUUGAAGCUCAAGAUCCCUAUAAAAAUUCAUUGACUGAUUGGAAAAAUGUCAUUGAAAGUGCGGGCGAUUCUCACCCGGAAUUCAUUUUGAUCAACAGCGUAAAUGUGAUGCGUAAAUAUCCAGAAUUUCCAACGGAAAAACAGUUCGAAAUCGAAUUGAAUCUUUUGGGCGAUUACGUUAAAACAUUAAAUGUCCGUAAAGUUCAUUUGAUGUUAACACUAACUGAAUCGAAUACUAUCGAAGAACGAACAAAAAAAUUAUUGAUUCAAGGAGCACGUUUUCUUAACCGUAUGAAUGUAAUGUGUUUAAUUGAACCUUUAUAUCUGGCUGGUAUUCCAUAUUAUCUUCGGUCAUAUGAUGACGCACUGAAUCUAGUGAAAGAAUUAAAUGAGCCAAAUCUGAAAAUCAUGUUUGACACAUAUCAUUGUCAACGACUUCAUGGUAACAUAAGCCAUUAUAUUGAUCUAUUAAAAGAUCAUAUUGGACAUGUACAGAUAUCACAAGUACCACUUCGUGACAAUCCUUUUAAUGAUGGUGAAUUGAAUCAUGACUUUAUUCUUAGAAAACUUUCAACCGUUUAUGAUGAUUACAUCGGAUUGGAAUACUAUUCCGAUCAUACGACUGACACUUUUGAUUGGGUAAAAAAAUACGCCGAAUAGAAUAAUCCGGUUAUGACAAAAUUGUUAUUGCUGCUGCUUAAAAGUCAUAUAAUUUUAGUACACAACGAAUAACAAAUCAAAAACUUCAAUUUCCUUAUUUACAUCCUUUCAUAUGUAUUCCGUCACUAUUUUUCUUUUAGUGCUCUAUUUUAUUUGAUAUUGAAGUAUUUAACUGGUAAAUUCAUUGUCAACCAAAUGAAUGAAUUGAGUGAUUAAUUUAUUGUUACUAGUAGAAAUUAAUGACUUGACACAUUCUUCACAUCUUUUUUUUACAAGCUAUCAGUCCAAUUCAUUUGAUUGAAGAAAUAUAAAAAAUUUAAUUCGGAUACCUAAAAAAAAUUCAUUUUGAAUCUCAUAAUUGUCACAUACAUUACAUUGAAAGCAAAACAAAAACAACAAAAAAAAUAUGUAUGAGAGAUUUCCCAUUUGACUUUGUAGCCAUGAACAUUUGACUAGAAUCAACUGGUUGAUGAAUUUUGAAUCCUCUGUAUUCAUAUUGUUGUUCUUGUGACCGUAUUUUCAAUAUUCAUAGCAACACAAAAAAGAAUGAAGAAUUGGAUAACAUUCAAGAAAUUUCUUUUUUUUUUCACAUUCACUAUUUGACACUAAAUUAUUUUUGUGAUCUCACAAUCAUUCAUGAGCAUUCCUUUUGUCUUUUUAAAAUAGUUUUUUUUGUAAUUCAAUCCGAAACUUAGUCAGCAUACUUUAUUAUCUUGUUUCGAAUCAUUAGACCAGAAAAAGAGGAAUAAAAACAGCCAAUUUACUUUUUUCA